AUGGCUCAAUCCGGCCCAGGUCAGAUGAUCAAGCCCGACGCCAUCGAUCGCCUCCCCUUCCUCGACGACGAGAAGAAGAAGCAAUACCGGAAUGGGUUAGCCUCACUCUGGCACACCUACAACACCAACGCUGAGGGAUCGAACGAGCGCAAUGCGGCGGAACAGAAGAUCCGCAACGCGAGUCAGAAGUUGAUGUCCGAGUUGGCCAAUUCGACACGUGGGAGGCAGGGUCAGGUGCAGCAGCAGCAGCAGCAGCAGCGUCCACCCACACAAGCAUCGAUGAAUGUGCAGGCUAGUAAUGGUCAAGGAUCGAUGAAUGUACAGGCGGGUAAUGGUCAAGCACAGCAACAGCAACAGCAACAGCAGGCGGGAAAUGCAGGCCAGGCGCAGCUACCAACCCUCUCCGCCCAAGCCCAGGCAGACAUUCGCGCGGUGCAGGUCGUGCUCCCCCACACCGUCGCACCGGAGCAGGAAGCCAAGUACCGAUCGCAGUGGCUGCAACAGGCCAUCAAUAUCAUGCGGGCGCGGGAUGGCUGGAUCGCCAAAGGCAAGCAGGUGCAUCAGCAGCUCGUUCAAUUCAAUACGAACAGCCAGCCCGUCCCUCCACAAUUGCAGGCCAUGCUGGACGAGGCGAAGAAGGGGGUGAAUGAGGCGACCGGGAAGUGGAACGCUCUCAAAGCCGAUAACGAGCGGAAGCGACAGGCGAAGAUGGCGGCGCAAGGUCAGCAAGGUCAACCACAGCCACAGCAAAACAUGAAUAAGCCUCAAGCUCCAGAGAUGCAGCGAUCAAACACAGCUGGGAGUACCAACGGCGUACAGCAGCAGCAGCAGCAGCAGCCGCCUGUCAAGACGGAAGCGCGAGCCUCCAAUUCACCUUCGCAGCCACAGGGAGGCUUUCAGCAACAACAGCAACAACAGCAACAACAGCCAAACACAAGUCAACCUGCGCCUGCUGCUCAACCUACGCCAAACAUGCCGCAACAAGCUCCUCAACAGCAGCAACAACAGCAGCAGCAGCAUCCUCAGCAAGUGCAGCGCACACCUCAAUCCGCCACUCAGCCACAGCAGAAUUAUGCGCAACAACAAUAUCAAAAUCAGCAACAGCGCCAGAUGCACCCUCAACUACCUCAACAGCAGAACAUGCAGCAUUCACAACCCCAACCCCAGCAGUCAAUGCCAAAUGCGCCACAACGCCCGCAGGUCCCCCACGCCCUCUCCCACGGUGACGCAGUAGCCCAAGCUCAAGCACACUACGCACAGCAACAACAACAACAACCGCCUAACCAACCCCAGAGUAACGUCCCACAACUCCCCAACGGCGGCAUCCCCUUCAAUUCCAACGCCGCCCAACAACAACAACAACAACAACCAACCCCCACCUCCGCCUACCCCUCCCAGGCCGCCCCAAACCUCCACAACGCCCCGAACCCAAACAACAAAUUCCCGAUCCAGAAACAAAUGCAGAUCGAUCCGCGUCUCAACCAACCAAUUCAAGGUCCUCCUUCACGCCCGACCAUGAACGCAGCGGGGAUGCAGAACCAACCGGGUCUCUCCCGCCCACCUCCUUACACCCUCGAAGGCGAAGGCGACCAUGUCCUCAGCAAACGCAAAUUGGAUGAACUAGUCCGGCAAGUCACGGGCGGGACAUCCAUCUCCUCCACCACCAACCCAACAACCACCAAUAAAUCCUCCACCGAACCCUCCACAACCCCCACAGCCUCCUUCCUCGACCCGGCCGUAGAAGAGAACAUCCUCCACCUCGCCGACGACUUCGUCGACGACCUCAUCACCUCGGCCUGUCGCCUGGCCAAACUCCGUCCGGAUCGCAUGCUAGAUAUCAAGGACAUUCAAAUUGUUCUGGAGAGGAAUUACGGGAUUAGGGUGCCGGGGUAUACGCUUGAGGAGGCGCGGACGGUGAGGAAGUUUGUUCCGGCGCCCGGUUGGCAGGGGAAGAUGCAGGCGAUUGGGACGGCUAAGACGCUGGGGGGGGUUGGGGGGGGAGGAGGGAAGGGGGAGGUGUAG